AUGAUUUCAGAAAACUAUCAUUUAUUAGGUGAUAGUGCAUAUCCAUUAUCCAAAAAAUUAUUAACUCCUUAUCGUGAUAAUGGACACUUAAACAAUAUUAAAAAAUAUUACAAUAAAACUCUUAGUUCAACUAGAAUUGUUAUUGAACAAGCAUUUGGACAAUUAUUUGGCAGGUUUAGAAGGCUGAAACAUCUACAUAUGUUUCGAAGGGAUUUGAUUCCAGAAGUGAUAAUAACUGGCUGUGUAUUGCAUAAUUUGUGCAUUUUAUAUAAUGAUAUACCUCCAGAUGCUUGUGCUAUAAAUGGUAAUUUGCAAAACAGUUCUCAGAAUUUUGGAGAAGAGUAUCAAGAUGGAAUUAGCAAAAGAGAGGAAAUUGCUAAUAAAUUAUAUGCCAAUCAUAAUGGUUAA